UCCCCUCCCGCGUAGUGCUUGCCUUUGUUCCAGGAAUAGCGUUCCAGGCUCCUGCUGCCGCCCCUGGGCCUCACUCUGGAGCGGGCUGCCUCCACCCUCUUGUGCCAGCCCAGCCCCUCCCAUGCACAUUUGGACACCGUCCUGCGCUCCAGCUGCACAAAGCUGGGCUCCUGUUACACACUGGACAGACCACUCACAGCCGCCGCUGCCAGCCCCCCUCCUCCCCACCAGACUGCCAGCCGACUACAUCAUUCUGCCCACAGACCUGCGCUACUGCCAUCGCCGUCCAUCGCAUCCCACUGACAGACUGCUGCUUCUAGUGAUCUGGACUCACCUCGGAGGUAUCUGGGCUGGCCACAACCCCUGGACAAUGAUCCAGACAGCUGGCUGCCCCUCAGGGGGCCUGUUACCUUCAGAGAGACCCAUUUCCUCCCCAAUCCCAGAGACUUUUUGUGCUCCUGCCACAUGGCUGACAGGGCUCAGUUGUGCCUGGCAGCCAAAUCGAGUCUCUCAUUUUCUCUUGUGGACCACUUACUUUUGCCCAUAUUCCAUUUCUCUUCUGAAUUUGCAGCAUUUUCUCAGGUGCUUUUUGAUCAACAAAAUAACUUGUUUCUUCUGCUCAACUCCUAUAUACUACCUGGAGAAAAGUAUUUACCAUAUUUCCAAUAAAUGUCAGACACUAUUGAAAAAGAAAGAGUCUGAAUGA